GAUAUCAGAGUAGUGUGUUCCUGGAAAGUGUGUGGAUCUUUAUUUAAUUUGGGACUUUUUGUCUUUGUAGAUGUAUUAGGAUUCGUUAGAGUAGAUGAGUUGUUGAAAGAGAUGCAGGGUGGGACGGAUUCUUAACUGGACGUUUUAAAACGAUCUCUCCCGUCCGGUUGUUAUGGAGCAGCCACCUGGGAACUUGGAUGAUCUACAGCCUCAAGACCUCUCCACCUCCAGCAUCCCCACUGUGAUUGACCUGACCAGGAAAGACCAGGAAUGUGUCUUUACCAGCACGUCCCUCGAUGGCCUGCGGUUGGUCAAGAGCCCUGGCUGGUACCCAAACUCAGGGACCAGCAACCCGGGAUUACCCUUCACAGAGACUGGAUCCGAGGACACCACUAUCCAAUCAGGGGAUCAAAUUCAACCAGACAAUGCCUUCUCCCACACUACAGUCACCCUCUCCUACGUGAGCAGGUCUCACGUUUUCUCCACCCAUGACUCCUUGUCUCGACAUUCGCCUCUGUAUGGUGUACCACCGAUAAGCAAGUUGUCACUCCACCCUCCGUGUGGCUCAGAUAAAGGGCUUGGGGAGACUGGCUAUGCACUGAACCAGCAUUAUUUGGAGCAGGUUGAUGGGCCUGUGGACCUCGCCACUCAGACAGAAUUUUUUGAGUCAUUGUCUCAGGCUCAGGUAGGACCAGAGAACGAUGACGGUGUAUGUCUCACAGAGGAGCCUCAGGAGGUCAAUGGUGAUGUCAUUUCCAGCGACGAAAAGGAACACAGCCUUUCUGGGGAAAAGAGCGGGGGCUUGGAGAAUGGACAGGUCUGUUUGAGUCCAGGAGCGUGUGCUGAAUCCUCACCAGAGACCCCGCCCCCUGCUAAAGGCGAGGAGGUGCUCUUUCUCAUGUCUAAGGACCCAGCGGUCGUCCCGGACAGCGUGGCUGCUAAAGACCUGUGUUCACUAAGCAGGGAGUACAUCAGUCCUCUUGAGGACCCCGUCUCCCCCUCUGCUACCUCAUUGGACGAUGUGGAGGAUGUGUUCAUCCUGCCUCAGGCCUCCAGCUCUCCCAGCGGUGACAACUCUUAUCUCGGGACGGCUGACGAGGUUGAGUGGGAGGCCUCGAGGACAGAGGCAGCCCUUCAGCCAGGCUCUGGCAUCAAUGAUAGCACAAGGUUAGAUUCAAACGCUGAAAAUACACAGCCUAUCCAUAGACGGAAGGCAGUGUUGGAGCCUUUAAUUGACUUGACUGAUGAUGUUUCAGAAGGUUCGGAACCCAAGACUGUAAUUUCUCACGUGAACGGUAACGCAAAGGCACUACAGAGAACUUUACACGAAAGAAAACUGCCAGUGCGGUCAGGCAGAGGGAUGCGCUUAGAGGCUAUAGUUAUGAAUAUAAAUUCAAGCCGGUAUAAAGUGUCAGGUCGUAUACGCACCAAUAAGAAGGCAAAUGCUUCCAAAUCAACAGCUAGUGGUUCUAAAUUGACCAGUCCGAAGAGGAAUAACACCAUGUCAGAAGGAAAAAGGAAAAGCAGAGCGAAAUCGCAUUUCUCAGUGAAAAGGAGACAGAAAGCUUCAAUGAAAAGGGGUAAAACUAAUAACAUUAACACUCAUAGUCGCAAAGACUCUACCUCUGAUUCCGAAAUCAAUAAUUCUAAAAAGUCUAAUGGCAGCACACCCUCAAAAAGCCCUCAGUCUGCUGUGCACAAGAAGUCAAAGAAGGAGCCAGAGGAUGUUUCGCAGCCUAUACACUCACCACAGACUCCUGCAAAGUCAAAGAGGAAACCCUCGUCUUCACAGUCUCCAAGAAACUCAAAGGAGCCACAGCAUUCUUCUCCCCCUGACCCCCCAGUGGAAAAUCAUACUGCAAAAACUUCACCACCGUCAUCAAAAUCUCCAAAGAAAAGCCAAGGCAAGGCCAAAGGCAAGGCUACAGGUAGCAAGACGUCUCCCACUGCCAAGACGAAAAGGGCCGCCACUUCCAAGAGGAGGCAGAAGAAACGUGUGUGGAGCCAGCCUUUGUCCAUAUUCUCCCCCAAGGAGCCGGAGAUCAAGUUGAAGUACAUAAACUACAAAGAAGAGAAAAGGGACUUUAGGUUGGACGGUUUUUCUCCAUUCAUCCGCAUGCAGCGCCAGCAGCUGUCUUCACCACUGUGCACUGUCAUCAACUACCCCGAGGAGGCAGGAACGCAACACAAGAAGGGCCAGCAGCAGCAGCAGGCUCACCCCUCCGGCUUCAUCUCUGCUGUUGUACCCAGCACUUCCUGUCUGCAGCUGGGCCGGGCGUCCACACACAGCCAGCACCAGCGCGCUCUGGUCUGCUGCCUGUGUGGGCAGGCGGCCAACGCCAUGGAUUUGGGGGACCUGCACGGCCCCUAUUACCCCGAAGGGUACAAGCCAAGCGCCAAAAGACCAGCCAGCACGUCGGGCCUCAAGCAGGACGAGGAAGACUACAGCGACUCCGACUCGUCCUCGUCCUGCAGCGUCAGAGGUAGGGGCAGGAAGAGUGCCGUUCCUCCCACGCAGAGGCCCCUCAGGGCAGGAGCUCUGCCCAAGCAGAAGGGCCUCCUGGAGAGCCACCGGUGGAGCACGGACGGUACCGGCAGCCCCGCGGCUAAGCGGGCUCGGACAGACGCUGCUUAUGCUGAUGUAGAGGACUGGUACAGCCCUCCUGUGCUGCCUCUGGAGCCCUGUGAAUACUGGCUCCAUGAAGACUGCGGCAUCUGGUCCGCAGGCGUGUUCCUCGUGAAGGGCAAAGUCUACGGACUGGAGGAGGCUGUCAAGGUGGCACAGGAGACGAUGUGUUCAGCGUGCAGUGACCCAGGUGCUACACUGGGCUGCUUCUUCAAAGGCUGCCCCAACAAGUACCACUACAGGUGUGCUCUGGAGUCAGCAGAUUGUGUACUCAUUGAAGAAAAUUUUUCCAUGAAGUGUAAAAAGCACAAGAACAAGACAUUCAAAGCCCCUCCAGGGAACCGAUGGGAUGACAGGUGACAAAGUUAGCAGACACCUCAUGAGACAUGCAACAUCCUGCAGGGGCUCUCCUUCCCCUUCUGCUGGUAACCAUGGCAACUGCGGACCAGGGUUCUUCUGACUGACAGCUAGCACCCGUAAACCUUAACUUCACCUUCUGCUCUUCAACUGCACUGUUAACCCCUGACACUGGCUGGAGGCGCCCAUUCACAGAAACCUCCCCUCAGUCCAGGGUGACGGUCCCCAUCAGACCGGGGACACCUACAGAACGUAAUAUGAUGAUUUUUGUCUUUGGUGUUAGCACUCUGUAGUUAUUUAUAUGGACUUUUUUUUGUUUCAUGGAUUAAAUAUGAAUAACAAUCAAAGAUAUUUAAUUUUUUAAAGAUUUUCUAAGUAUUUGAUUAUAUUUGGUUUAUUUAUUCCUGGAGUUUUCUUAUUGGCUUCUUUAGCAGAGAGGUUUGAUUGUGUGUUUUUAAGUUAUCGGUGAAGCAGUUCAGUGUUGAAAUGUCAAGCCAAUCAAGGAGAGGCGGGUCGGUUCGGAUGUGUCACAAGGUACCGGAUUGGACAACACAACAGGGUUCUUUUUGUUAUCAGAAAAUCUUUAUUGAUCAAAAGGCAUUAGGUUUAAUUUCACAAAGAGCGGAGCAAAAGGCAAGGCUCAAACACACCCGAACAACACUUGCACUAAAUGUCGGGCCCAGUAGAUGUUAUCAAGAGGACUGAACCGUGUGUGUUUGAAUGUAUUCUCCCUGUGUGAGGGGUUUUUUGAGUGACACUGAACAUGUCUUCUGCUCCGGCUGCAGUAUUAACUUCCCGAGCUGAAUGCCUCCCUCCUUGUCAUAUCAUCCGCUCCGGGCUCACUCAUGCGGCUCUUUGAGGUUUACAGGUCAUCCAAACAUCAGGAUGAAACCUUAUGAUUUUAUUUGGCUUAAAGCACUUUGGCCUCCCACCUCGGGCUGGGAGAAUAUAAAUGUGCCUGCGUUGAGUUCGUCUGCACGGCCUUUAAAUCAGUUGCUAUCUUAAUUGAAUUUCAAUAAGAUUUGUUUCUGCUCUGUAAGAGGAUAAUACAUUAUAGCAGGCGUAGUUUUUUCCCCUAGAAGGAAAAGGGAUUCCUCUCAAUGCAAGCCAUCUGCUGUUUACUUGGAUUUCUCCUCGAGCUGCAAAAAAUGUCUUUCUGUUCAGUUUAAUUUUCUGGAUUUUCACAGUAUUCGCAUUGCUUUGAGUGCACCUCCAACAAAAGCCUCUUUGGAAUGAAAGAACCACUCGGCUUCGCCGUCUCACUUAAAGGCAUAGUUUGGAUUUUUUUGAAGCGGGGUUGUAUGAGGAACUUAUCCAUAGUCAGUGAGUUGCCUACAGAAGAUGGCCGUCCACACGGGUCUAGUUUGGUGAGUAGACAGGACCUCUAAAUUUAGAAUAUGUUCACCUUGCCAUCAGACAGCCCUGUUAAAGUUUAAAAAGGGAUCUUGUCUCUUGUCAAAACUACCAAACUCCAACGACAAAAAAAGUAAUUUUAUCUCUCAGAACACAAGAGUUGCUUGUCUACUACUGCCACGGUCAUCUGGUUUGUUUGUUAUUGAUUGAUUUGUUUUUUUUCAAGGUUUACUUCAAAAUUAAGUCAUACAAGUCAUACAAUACUGCAAAUGUAACAAUGCCCAGGAACUCAAAUUUUCUGCAAGGUAAAAUUACUGUUUUUGUAAAUCAUCAAACCAGUUUAGUUCCCUUCACUUAAACUGAAACAGGGUUGUCUGACGGCAAAGUAAAGCAGCUAAACUCAAACUAUAUAUAUUUUGAUUUUUUAAAUAAAGAUUGCUUUAGCUUUUCUGUUUCUGCCCCCAUCCACAGCAGUGCAAUAUUAAUAAUCUGUACUGGUCUUCCAGCCUGUUUCUCUAAGCUGGGUGUGUGCCGUCGGUCAUCUACUGAGGAUAAUAUUCUGACUGGAUAAAUACCUCAUAUUACCACACUUGAAAAAAAUCCAAACUCCCCCUUUAAGUUUAAGAAGAAUGUGUGUUUGCAUAUAAAAAUCUUUGGUUUACAUCAAUUUAAAUUUCAGUAGGAAUGGCCAUGCUCGUAUAAAGAUUCCUGAUCCUCUACUGCGAUUUAAUUUCUUGACUUGGGCCUAAAUGGUGAAUUUCCACCAGAACCUUUCUGAAAAAGCCUUAUCUGACAUACAAGAAGUAUAUACAGUUUUUUUUUUUUUCUAUUCUCGCUAGCUUGUGGUGCAAUGACAAAUCAGUGGAUGUACGUCACCUUUUUAUUUGGACAUCUUCAUGACUGAAGGCAGCUUGCAUGCACUUUUCUGCUGCAGACUUUGUUGUUCUUGAUACCAGGGGCCAAUUCCUACUGAACCCUUCGACCAUGCAGGUACACACUGAGUCUCUGGGACUUGUGUAACUGAGAUUAGUAUUAGUACUUGUUGAAUCCGUUGCUGAGGUCAGGGCUUGCCUGUUUGUUUUAGAGAAACGUUUCUAUGUGAUCAGUGCUGGUGUAACGUCUCUAUGUACUUCUGCAUAGCACCAUUAGGGACAGCGUUGUGCUGCCUGAGGCAAGUGUGUGUGGGCCGUGGCUCCAUGUUAACAGACGUCCACACAGAGGCAGCCGAAGGCUUCAUCUGCUUUGUGUCUCACCAGCAGUAGCAGGACACACACACACACACGCACACACACUCUCUCUCAGAUCUCCUUAUCCUGGAACACCACGUCUCCUUCAUUUGUGCCAUCCUUAUGUUGGUGUAUUUUAUAUUUUUGUUGCGGUAAAAUCUUCUGCAAUUGUUUUCAAUUACAUGCAGUUGUUUGCAUUGUACCAAAUACAGAUUUUGGAAUAUGUUUUAUUCUUACAAAAUGCUUGGAUUUCUAAAAAAAAUAUUUUGUCCGUGUGUUAAUCUCAGGGCUGAAUCUCAGAUAUUCUAAUGAUUUGAUGAAUUAUUUUAUGGGUUUUUUUCUUUUCUGUUUGUCUUUUGGUCUUGAUGUGUUAACCCCACAUUGACUGGAGCAAUGAUUCACGUAGCAGGAUGUGGUUAUUUCCUGGUACACACUACUCAUCACAUUCCAACGCCGCCUCCACGUGUCUGUCAGUGCUGUGGUGUUUUUAGGUUUAACAUGGGAUUAGGACUGCCAACUCAUGUCACUUUUUUCAUGGUUUUUAUUUUAUGGCAACUUUUUGUACUGUCUUGCUCGCUACCUGGAGCAUCAGAGGUCAUGUAAUUGUCAAAAAUAAAUAUUUUGUUCAAUGUUG